AUGGAUGCCAAAAACGGCAGAAGAGAAGCAGGAGGAAGAAGCAAUUCCGAUGUGGGUCCAUUUGAAAAAGGUUCCUUUGCAUUUGUUUUCUUGGGAGGCAUUAAGCUUCAUGACGAGCACUGUGGGUUCCAUGUGCGUCUUCAUCCUGAGACUAUUGCUUGUUCUAACUUUGAAGAAGCUAAAGUGUUUGUAAAUGUGGAUGUGUCGAAGAUCUUGCCAAGGGAGAUUGAUUUCACAUUGGAGGGGGAGUUUACUGCAGAGUUCUAUUAUCCCUGGUUACCAUCUCGGUGUAGUCACUGUGAGAAAUGGGGUCAUAUUGAGAAGGUUUGCGCGAUGAAAAAAAGAGAUAAGAAGAUUGAGGGGCAAGGUGUUAUAGUGAGUGGGGAAGCUAUGAAGAGGAGUAGUGAUGAGUUAGAAGGGAUAGUUGUGAAGGAUGUUAAUCUGGAGGUUGUAUCAGAAGUUAUUGAUGCUUGUGUUUUGGAGAAAGCGGUUACGGAGAGUUCAGUAAAUAAGGAUGAUGAGGAUGGUAUGAAUAGUAAGGAUGGAAAGGGUAAUACUUGGGCUCUUGUUUCUCCAGAUAAAGUGGGCAGGUCUCAAUCAAAAACUCUUCAGAGGGAUGCUGGUGUAGUUCAGAUCUCGGCAUCAAAGUUUUCAGUGUUAAGUUUGGAUAUGGAGGAAGGUGAAAUCCUAGCAGUUCAAACUAAUGAAGAUGAGGAAGAGGAUCAUGUAGAAGCUGAAGUUAAUAUUUUGGUGGAAGGUGAUUUAAUGGGAGAUGAGAUAUUAGAGCAAAGUAUGAAGAGUAAUGAUAAGGCAAUAAUGCAAAAAGGGGUGAAGAGAGGUCAGAAGGCUAGAGCUCAGGAGUAUCCUAAGAGCAAAAGGUCUUCUCGACGCAAUCUUUAA